AUGUAUGACUCAGUGGAUCUUCAAUUUCUGGAUGAGGUGAUCUCAGAUGGUGCCGAUCCAAACUCCUCCGACAGAUAUGGUCAAACUGUCCUGCAUGAGGUGUCCAGGGCUUGGAGUGUUGAUGUGAUGAAGUUCUUUUUGGCUCGGGGCUCAGACCACCUCCAUCCAGACCAGUUUGGGGUUACUCCACUGCAUGUAGCCUCUGCUCUGGACUAUGAGGACAUGGUUCAGUUCCUGCUGGAUAAAAAAGCUGAUCCGGGUGCUCACACCUUCCUGGACCGGCAGACUCCUCUUCACUAUGCUGCAAAGAACGAUGCUGCUGGAUCUAUUAGACUACUGCUGCAGGCCGGAGCCACCAUCAGCUGCACUGACUACAAAAACAGAACACCCCUCCAGCUUGCUGCCAACAUGGAGCGCAGCGAAGCAGCUCAAGUCCUGCUGGAACUUGGGGCGAGUGCCAGUGGGAAGGACUCUGAUGGACAGCUGUGUAUCACUGCUCUUAUUGGUCGGAUGAGUCAUGUGGCUCAGCUGGCACUUGGUCAGUUCCAUGUGACAGACAGAAUGACCAGGCAGCAGUACUUCUACCUGAGCCUGCUGGAACCUGAACCACGUUCACCUGAGGAAAACAUGCAUGCAUGUCUCCUGGACUCAAAGAACAUCUUUGAUUGGCUGGUUUACUCUCUACUGAUGGUGUCCUUCAGCUUCCACAUGGCUGACGUGUUUCAUCCAUCCUCCUGUUUGCGCACGCUCAGUCUGCGCCUGUUCUCUAUCUCUAUCAUAUUUUUGUGGCUGCGACUCAUGAAACACGUUAGAGCCUUCAGGUUGAUGGGGCCGUUUAUUGUCAUGCUGGGGAACAUUGUUGGAGAUGUGAUGUGUUUCCUCUUCUUGUACGCUGAGAUCUUCAUCCCCUACGCAUGCAGCUUCUGGAUCAUAUUUGGAGGCUCGUCCUCAGUUCCCAGCAUGCAGUCUGUCUCAGGUCUGCUCUACAGUCUGUACCGGAUCACUCUGGUGGAUGAAUACGAGUAUGCUGCCAUGGUAAAGGUGGAUGAUGUCAUGGCUCCUCUGCUGUGUGGAACAUUUCUGGCUGCAUCCUCUAUCUUAUGUGUCAACCUGCUGAUUGCACUGCUCACUGACACAUUCCAGAGAGUUCAUGAUAACUCGCAGGCUAACGCUGUGAUGCAGCAGGCGGCCGUCAUCCUGCAGGUGGAGGAGUCCAUGCCUCGCCUGCGAUGUUUCUAUGACAACCAGUACAUUUUCAAACAUUGCUCACCAUUGGCUAUUGCCUGCAAAGACAUCACAACAAGCUCCCAUUACCACCAGGAACUUGGACACAUCAACGCACAGAUCAAAGAGACGCUGGACCAGUACCUGGUCCUGCAGAGGGAUGCAGAUACCACGAGAGGCGAUGAGACAAUGAGAAGUUCAAAAGUUCAGAGGGAAGAGGACCAGCAAGCACUUCACAACCAGGACCCAUAUAGACAGGAGCUUCAUGCAAUCCAAGCAGAGCUGAAGACGCUUCAGACUCUGGUCCAGCAGCUGGUGUUUGCCUCCACCUUCAUCUACCAACAGAUCUUUGUCCUGUCAGCCGAUGCAUUCACUGACUGA